GAUGGCAAGAUCAAUGGAGACCUUUUAGUUCCAGGUCAUCAGUGGGCGGGAGUACACGUAUUUGCUUUUCUUGCGCGCACUGAACAGUUAGAUCCGAUAACGGGACCUAGUGUAAAGUGACGCCAAUACGCAAUUGGCAUUUAAUUUUCUGCAAUAAAAAGUGAGUUUUAAUUGGCCGAUUAAACAGAUUUAAUUGCCUUAAAGUGAAGAAGAAGAGUGUUAAUAAAAGUGGAAAUAGUGCAUGAAAUAGUUUAGGCCGUAAGUGGGCCUAAAAUCUAACCUGAAAAAAAGCCAAGAAAAAAAGUGGAAAGAAAAAUGAAAAAAAGAGAAGAAGAAGAACUAUUACUGUAACGAGCAUUAGGGUGGCCCUUGCCACGCCACUCUCCACGCCCACGCCCACUCUCCCCUCCCCCCCCUGGUCAUUCUUAUCAGCGUUGCACGUUUUUAUCAUAAAUUUUACACUCGGCUUGCAAUUUUAUGCUCGUUUUUGGUGUUUUUUUUGUUAUUUUUUUAGUAGCCCGGCCAGGCUGGACAUUAAAAAGCCAGACAACGCCAUCGGAUUUGGUUCUUGUUGAGUUUUUUUUUUGUUUUUUGGGGUGGUCCCCAUUAAAAUACUUUUUGCGAAGGCCUGACGAGAGAGAGGGAAGUGAGAUGGGGAAUGGGGGAUGGUGGGGGAGAUGGGCACAUCGAUAUCCCAUUUAUUGUUUAUCAAUUUUACGAGGAGGCCAAUAAACACGAAACGAAAAAAAAGGAGAGCCCAAGUGCCGGCCGGAUUUGCUUUUUGGCUUUAAAAAAAGGCUACACGCAGAGAAAAUAUGUGGCAGUGGCAGUCACUAUAUAGUGGAUAUAGAGGAUAUAUAACUGUAAAGGAUAUACAGGAGAGAUAGACAGGAAAGGAGUGAGGAAGGACUGAGCAAGGAGGCGGAGGCGGUGGGCGGGGCAACAUGACGUCGUCAGCAAUAAAUAAAAGAGGACGCAGAGUUGCCAAUGCGUUCCAAUUUCUGGCAAUUGUUCUCUAUUGCUUCUGUCUAGUGCAUGGCCAACAGCAACAACAACAACAACAACAGAAGCAACAACAACAACAACACUUGAAAUACCAACAAUUGCAAUAUCAAAUGCAACAACAAUAUGAAUACCAACAACAACAGCACUUUCAACAGCAAUUCCAACAACAACAGCAGCAGCAACAACAAAAGGAGAAGCAUCAACAACAACAACAACUAACACCAACAACAACAAUCGCCCAGCAGCAACAUGAGGAGUCCUUCGAGUCCUUGCUGUCCACUCAGCCAUCUCAGCUCCUGCAGACUGGCGUCUCUUUGAUUGUGGAUGAUGGCAAGAGCUCCUCCUCCGGGGAUGGUUCUACGGCCGGGACCGGAAGACGACGCACUCCCCAGUUGGCCGCCAAUCGAAAGCGAAAGCGUCGCCCCCAACUCCCACUGGCCACCAUGGGCGCCACCGAGGAGGAGAGCCCGGAUCCGGCCUACUGGCGCGGUCAUGUCGAGGACGAUGCCGAUGCCCUAAGGCGGCGAAAGCCACAGCCAGGGACACUGACCAUCAGGGAGAACCUGGACAGCAAGGACUCCAACUCGCAGGGCACUAAUCCCAGCAAGUCCUACCGCCGUCCCUACGGACAGGCCAAGAAGGACCAAGAGGGAGUAGCAGGAGGAGGAGCAGGAGCUGGAGGAGGAGCUGGAGCUGCCCCCACCUCCAAGACAGCGGUGGACCUGAAGAACAUCCUGAAGAAUUCGGGCGGCCUGAGCCUCAGUGAGAUUCUGCAGCAGAAGAAUCUAUCGCUGGACGAUCUGCUGAAGGGGAAGCAGAAUGCCCUGCUGGCCCUCCAGACCACAGCGGUGGCGCCGCCCCAGGCCACCAUCUACACGGCCGAGGAGCAGCUCCACAAGGCCGUGAGUCCGGGGCAGCAGAAUAAGCAGAUUGUCCGGCGACUGCCGGCGGGCUAUGCCACCACUAGCACCAGUGGGCAUGAGGAGGAGCGGGAGAAGAACAAGGCCAAGUACCCGCCGGCACUGCAGCGCCUGAAGCUCUUCGGAAGCUCCUCGCGGGAGAGCAGCAGCUCCAGCCGACGUCCGGUUAGUAGCACCACAGCACCGCCAUCCAGCAGCACCACUAGCGGCACCACCCCCACCACCACCCGGAUACCCCUCUACAAGAAGCGACAGCAUCUGCGCUCCACCCUGAAGCCACCGGGAUUGUUUAAGGCAAUAAGUAGCACCACUAGCACCACUCCACCACCACCACCACCACCUGUGACCACUCAGCAGCUGGAGAUGGAGACUAGCACCACUACUAGCACUACUAGCAUUCCGGUGGCUUAUCCGGAGGAGGAGCCCAGUGACCUGGAGAGCCAUGAGAACCAGGACAUCCCCGAGGAGGCCGACGAACAGCCUACAGACUCCAGCGAAGCAGAGUCGGGAGAGAGUCACCACCAGACCGAAGCACCGCCAGAGGAGAUGGCAUCCUCCCCAGAACCCUCCUCUUCGUAUCCGGGCGGGAAUCCUCGCUACCGGCUGAGGAACUCCAGCAUUAAGGAGACCACCAAGCGGCUGAAGGACAACUUCAUAGUGGAGAGUGGCGAGGAGAUGGAGGCCAGUGGCAGUGUCAGUGUCAGUGCCAGUAGCACCACAGAAGCACCAUCACCAUCACCAUCACCUUCACCCUCAGCAGCACCACCCGGAGCAUCCCGGAGCAGCGAGGAGCUGAUCUACAACGACGACGAUCUGGAGAACUUCUUCGACGAAGUGGAGAGCAACAGCCAUCAGACGCGGGUCAGGAAGCCCGACGAGGAGUCCUCCCCGGAGCUAUUGCCCUCGCCCUCCUUCGAGCCACCCACUAGCACCACUACCACCACCACCCAGAAGAGGAUCCCCUCCGCCCAAAUGAAUCUCAUAGACGAUGUGGACGAUAGGACGGAUCUGCUGGAACUGAUCGAGGACCGGAGAUCGGGAAAUAGACUCUUCAAGGUGCUGGAACAGCGCAACAUGACUCUGGAGGAGUUGAUCGAGCACCGGAAGCGGGGAUCCAGCCAGUUGCAUCUCUCCACGAUUGUUAGCGGCGAUGAGCACUCUCGCUUGUAUCCCGGCCAGAAGGUGAUCCUCCAGGACAACAUGGACAUUGUAACGGCGUUUGAGAACUUUCCGCACUUCAAUCUGAUGGACCUGAAGAGCGUCAAGCCCGAUGAGAUCAAGACGGACUCGCAGGGCUCCAGCUACUUCACCUCCAUCAUCGACAUCGAGCCCAACGAUGAGGUGAAGCCGGGCUUCGGAGGAGCAGGAGGAGGAGGAGCCGGAGUGUCCGGCAGAGGAGCGCCAGGGAGUCGAGGACCCACCUACGCCCAGACAGCUGUCUCCUCGUCCUCGUCGCCCGGCGGCACGAUAACCAUCAACCAGAGGGGCGAGAAGUCGCUGGGAUUCUUCCCGUCCUGGAAGACCCUGGCCCUGGCAUCCCUGGCCACGGCGACGGCCGCGGAGGACCGGAAUCCCUACUUCCUGCCGCCGCCACGCCUCCUGUUGGACGGCGGGGGCGGGAGCAGUUCCCAGGAGCAGUCCUUUAAUCCGGAAUCGGACCUGGGCGGAGAACCGACCAGCAUCGAUAUCGAUCUGGGCGUGAGUCCCUACGGAUCCUCGGGCAACUCCUCCAACACGAUGGACAACGCCCGGCUGCCGUUCAACAACGAUGUGAUCGAGGAGAUCGAGAACGAGGUGGCCCGGGCCCACGAUCUCCUGGAUCUGGAGCUAUCCGGCCCCGGAUUCCAUCGCAGUCCGGCAGCGGCGGCCGCCACAUCCGCCGUCUCCCAGCAGCACCUGAGCAGCCUGUACUCCAGUAUGCCGUCGGGCAUCCGGUCGGCCCUGGUGGCCAGCACGGCGAUUGUGGUGACGGCACUGGCCACCUUCCUGGUGGUGUUUGUGGUCUGCCGGUGGAAGCAGCAGCGGCGGCGGAAGAGCAGCUACCUCCGCACCUACAACGCCAUGAAGAGCAAGUUGCCACAGAUGCCGCCGCGGCACUCCGGCCCUGCAUCCGCCGCUGCCUCCAACUCGGCCUCGAUGCGCCAUCACAUGGAGGAGCUGGGCAUGGGCAUCGGAGUGGGAGUGGGCACUGGAAGUGGCAAGAAGCGACCAGAGAAUGGGGGUGGAGGUGGUGGACCUGGGCAGAUCACUAGCAUCUCCACAUCGGUGGCCUGCUGCACGCCCGUCCACCAGUUGCAGCGCCAGAGCUCCCUGCUCUUUGCCAGGGAUGGUUCCGCCACCUUGAGCACGGCCACCUCACUGACCACCAGUGCUGGAUCCGCCACGACGUCAAGUGGCAACAAAAACUGCACCACCACCACCACCACUACUUCAGCAUCUAAUCCCGCCCUGGAGUCGGCCAUCAGUGGGCGUGGCCUGGCCAUAUCCCUGCGCAACGCCCACCAGAAGCUCAACACCAUGGAUCCCAACUCCCCGGAGGUCCAGGAGUAUCUAUUCGACACUCUGCGCAAGUCCUUCGACAAUUAGGAUCAGGAACUAGUGCUAGACCUUAGAGGUAGUCCUGCUAACAGACCACAUAGACCGUUGUUUAGGCCAAGUUUUAUAUACACACCCAUACACCCACACACCCAAAUGGCACACACACACAUCCAAACACACACACACACUCGAGGAUCAAGAGUUAGUCGUUUAAUUAGUUUAAGGAGGAUAUUUUUUUUGUGGAGAGAAGGAAGGAAGGAAGGAACAUUCUGUGAGAGAAAGUAUAACUAACAAAAAAAAAAAAAAACUAAGAAAUAUUAUUAAAAAAAAAAUACAAAUACAAACAAAAGUGAAAAUACACACAUACAAGACAGUGGAGGGCAUAAAUGUAGGGCUCAAGGGAAGUCUUUUCAAUAAUUAGAUAUUUGAAAAUAUAUUUCAAAACUUUUAUUGAAAAAGAGUCUUUAAUUUUAUUUAUUUUUUAAUAAUAUUGUUGUAAAAUAACUCUGAAAUUGUAAUUGGAAUUAUAAAUUUAUUUAUUUAUUAUAUAUUUUAAAACAUUUUAAAGUUUUAAGUUAAAUUUUUUCACAAAAAAGUGUGAAAAAUAACUUCAAAAACUAUAUUUUUUGAUUUUUUGGUAUUUUUUUCAAUAAAAAAGUAUUAUUUGAAAAUGUUUUUUAGAAAAUUAAAAAUUAUACAAAUUUUUUAUUGAUAACUUAUUUGGAAAAAGGUAUUUUUUAUAACUAGUAUUUUUCCAAAAAACUAGUUUUUGAUUUUAAAAGAGAUUUUUAAAAGUGAAAUUUAUGAAAAAAAUAACAAAAUAUUAUUGAAAAACUAUUUUUAUUUUAUUAAAAAUGUAUAUUUAUUUAAAAUUGUUAAUAAUUGACGUUCUAAAUGGAAAGAUAUUUAAAGUUAAUGAUUUAAAAAAUACUCAAUUACAAACCAUAAAAACAAACCUUUAAUAAAGACUAUAAAUGAGUUUAAAAACAUUUCCUUAAAAUAUAAAUACAUUUUUUUUUUCAUAAAAAAAACCAAAAACCCUUACAUUUAUGCCCGGUACUGUAACUAGUCCCUAAGCUCUGAAAACUAUCGUCUCUCAAACUAAACAGAUUCUAGAUCUAAAGUACGAGGAUAAACCAUAAAGCGACUCUUUCUUUAAAGAAAUCAUAGAAAAGGACACGGCAUUCAAAUGGGUUUCUAAGCACAACAACUAAAAAACAAAACAAAAAAUAAGUAAAAAAUAAAAAAUAAAAACUAAUCGACAAGAAAAACUUAGCCAAAAUGUACUGUGUUGUGUUUUUUACACUUUAUACCCCAAAAAACUGACAAAAAAUUAAAAAUUAAAGCCCAAAUAUAAAAAAAUGAUAUAAGAAUAUAUUCUCAAAAUUCGAAAGAGUUAAAAAAAAAACAUUUAUGAGGACAAUAACUUAAAAAAAAAGAUGGAAAAAUGUGGAAAUUAAAGGAAAAACAAAGGAAAGACUAUUUUCGAAAAACGAGAAAAUGAAAAAAAAUAUAUAAAUUCUUUUCUGGCACUGACUAAAAAAAAAAUACCAAAAAAUUACUGAAAAUUAUUGGAAAAAAAAAUUAUGAGAUUCAAGGCGAAAAAUAAGGGAUACAAAAAAGGGCGUGGCACAUAAAAACAACAAACAAAAGAAACAACUAUAGUUGCAGUUUUGAAAGAAAAAAGAAAUAAAAUAUAAUUUAUUUUAGAGGCACCUAUAGUUUUGAUUUAAUUUUGAACCCCGAACCACCUCCCUCCCAUCACUAGGCGACAGUAUAUCUGGCGAUAUAUAUAAAUUAUAUAUAAAAUAAAAAAUAAAUAUAUAAACAUUUAUAGUUAAGCACGCUCAAGUAUGUAUGUACAUAAGUUUCAAUUUGAUUUCUUUGAGAUAAAUAAAUUGUAGAACGAAUUGUGGCAAAGA